GUCUGAUUCACUUCUUGUGUAUAUAACAAAGAGAUUUUAACAGAAAGAUGAAUGAUUCUCAGAGCACAGGUUUCCAAGCUGGCCAGGCCAAAGGCCAGGCUCAGGAGAAGGCCAGUCAAAUGAUGGACAAGGCUGGCAAUGCUGCCCAAUCUGCCAAGGAAUCAUGCCAAGAGGCUGGGCAGCAAGUGCAGGCCAAAGCACAAGGGGCAGCUGAUGCUGUCAAGGACACUGUUGGGAUGAACAAAUGAAACUGCUGAUCAUCCUCUCCUUGGACUCUACUUUUCAAGUUUUUUUCUGAUCUUCUACAAUGUCGCACUACUUGGAAGAACUGUUAUCGAUAUUCAUUUUGAAAUAAGAAAAGUUUUUUUUUUUUUGGU